AGACGACGCACUCCUUUAUAUUUGUUGAACCUACAGUAAACAUCAAACAGUUCUUCUAUCUUUUCUUCGUCUACUUGAAUUAGCAGGGAAUCGUCGAUCCCCCAGGAACCAUAGAAGUGAGAUCUUGUCCUUCCUUGUCUUCAUCUUCAUCUUCCUAACAUCUUCCCUUUAGCCUCGUCUUUUCUCUCUUUUUUCAAUCGCUUCAUCUCUUUAGUUGAUCGGAAUCUAAUCUUCUUCUGGUCAAUAUGCGCCUUCUCGUCCUCCUUUCUCUGUUUCUCCUCACCACCCCCCUCACAUCUGCCAAGUUUAGUCCCAUCUGCAUCAAAGUCGUCACAGCGCUGGCCAGCCGACCGAACGAUUUAUUCGAGACAUUUCAGCGCGAAAUCUGUGACAAAGGAUGCCAGCCAACGGUGCCUCACUGGGAUCUCUGGACUCGUAAUAACACCUUUGUCCCGGCUGUGCGCAGUGUGAUGCGACACUUGAAUGCUCCAAAGCAGGAGGAGGCUAUGGUGAAACUCGGGGAUGAAGUGGCGGACAUCAUCAAGCGCCGUUGCGGACCCAAACUCCAGGGACGCGAUAUCUGCGCAGACUCGGACAUCCUGGCUGCCUUUGGGAACUGCUUCAAGACGAACUUUGUGAGGGCUGCCAUGAGCAACUUACCAGCCUUGCUCCCGAUGGCUUCUGAGCCAGUGUGCCGCAAACAAUAUGAAUAUCUCCAAUCGGACGACCUGUGGGACGAAAUCAUCCCGAAUAAUAUGCGAGAGUAUGCGAGAGUGUGUAAGGAGUUGCGAUGGGAGCCAGUGAUGGGGGGGAUGAAUCUGAAUACGUUCUCAGGCGCCUUCUUUCCUUGAUGACGAGUGUACAAACAAUAUAUAUCGUGAGAGUAUCUGGUAAAUCAAUCAAGUAAGAGAGAUAUUUAUUACCGUACUUGAUUAAUUCA